GCGGGGGCUCCGAGUGCACCGCCCAAUGUUCCGACUCCCGCGAGCCUGAUUAACGCAUCCCGUCACGACAAACCUCGGCCGCGCCGUGAACCUGUCCCCUUUACGGUGGAUGAUGGGCUACAUUCCGGCAGCGAGCGCAGCAGGGAGAUUUUAACCCGCAUGCGGCCACCAUGGCUCGCGACGAGACAAAGAAGGGGCUCCUUCAGGACACCGAAGGACGGCCGCCGGACAGCGACGGCCACGAAUCAGACUCGGACCUCGAAGCGACUGACUACCUCGACCGUGAACCCGCCGACCAGCCCCGCUCAUUCUCCGCGCCGACCCCCCGGAAACAAUGGUGGAUCAUACGCUGCCUGGGCCGCCGCAGCCGUUGUUGUAUCGGCACCUUGGCUGUUGUCAUCGCCGUGUUCAUCUUCCUCAGCGCCGGCGGCGCGUUUGUGUUCAAGAAAUACCAGGAAGAGCCCCCCUACGGCCAGUCACCACCGUGGUAUCCUACCCCCAAGGGCGGUAUUGCCCAGAGCUGGGCGGCCAGCUACGAAAAGGCGGCCAAGUUGGUCGGCAAGAUGACUCUGGCAGAAAAGGUCAACGUCACGACUGGCACGGGAUGGCAAAUGGGGCUGGCCGUCGGCACGAAUGGGCCCGCCGUCCACGUCGGCUUCCCGCAGUUGCAACUACAGGACGGCCCAUUGGGCAUUCGGUUCGCCGAUAACAUCACGGCGUUCCCAGCGGGCAUCACUGUCGGCGCCACGUGGAACCGGCAGCUGAUGUUUGCCCGUGGCAAGGCGCACGCCAUUGAGGCGCGCGGGAAGGGCAUCAACGUGCUCCUGGGCCCUUGUGUCGGGCCGCUCGGCCGCAUGCCCGCUGGCGGCCGCAACUGGGAGGGUUUUGGAGCGGAUCCCUACCUCCAAGGCGUGGCGGGCGCCGAGACCAUCCGGGGCAUCCAGAGCGAGGGCGUCAUGGCCACCAUCAAGCACUUCAUCGCCAACGAGCAGGAGCACUUCCGGCAGCCGUGGGAAUGGGGCCUGCCGCACGCCAUCAGCGCCAACAUCGACGACCGCACGCUGCACGAGUUGUACGCCUGGCCGUUCGCCGACGCCGUGAAGGCCGGCGUGGCCUCCGUCAUGUGCUCGUACAACAUGGUGAACAACUCCUACGCCUGCGGCAACAGCAAGCUGCUCAACGGCAUCCUCAAGGACGAGCUCGGCUUCCAGGGCUUCGUCAUGAGCGAUUGGCUGGCUCAGCGGUCCGGCGUGUCGACGGCGCUUGCCGGCCUGGACAUGACCAUGCCGGGUGACGGGCUGAGAUGGGCCAAUGGCGAGUCGUUGUGGGGCCCGCAGCUGACCAAGGCUGUCCUGAACGGCAGCGUGCCCGUGGACCGGCUGAACGACAUGGUAACACGCAUCGUGGCGGCGUGGUAUCAGCUCGGCCAGGAUGACGAGACCAAGUUCCCGCGUCAGCCUCCCAACUUCUCCUCGUGGACAGAUGAUCGCCUGGGUGUCCUGGCGCCUGGGAGCCCGAGCCCGCAGGACGAGGUCGUGGUCAACGAGUUUGUAGAUGUGCAGGCCAACCACUCCAUCAUUGCCCGCGAGGUGGCUGCCCAGGGCACGGUGCUGCUCAAGAACGAGGGGCUGCUGCCCAUCAGCCGCCAGGGACUCGACGAGUCCAAGCUAGAGGCCAGACGGAGGGUCGUCGAGCAGUCUACCGGGAAGCGACAUGAUGGAAAGUUCAAAGUCGGCGUGUUUGGGGAGGAUGCGGGACCCGGGCACGGCCCCAACUACUGCAAAGACCGCGCCUGUAAUCAAGGCACGCUCGGCUCCGGUUGGGGCUCGGGCGCCGUCGAGUUCCCCUACCUUGUCUCCCCCAUCGAGGCUCUGCGCAAGCAGUUCGACAGCUCCAAGGUCGAGCUGCACGAGUUCUUGACCAACAAGCCCUUGAUUGCCAGCAACGACAAGGCCACCGUCGACGACCUGGAUCUGUGCAUCGUGUUCGCUAACGCCGAUUCGGGCGAAGGGUUCGUCAAGUGGGACGAUGUGAGCGGCGAUCGCCCGAAUUUGGCCCUGCAGAGCGGCGGCGACGAUCUGAUUGUUGACGUGGCAUCCAAGUGCGGUGGUGGAAACGCGGAUGUCAUUGUUGUCAUCCAUGCCGUCGGCCCCGUGUUGAUGGAACGGUGGGUCGAGCUGCCCAACAUCAAGGCAGUGCUCCUGGCCAACCUCCCCGGUCAGGAGUCCGGAAACGCACUCGCCGAUGUCCUUUUCGGCGACAGCAACCCAUCAGGCCACCUCCCGUACACCAUUGGCAAGUCGCUGGCCGAUUAUGGUCCCGGCGGGCAGGUGCUCUACACGCCCAACGGUGUCGUUCCCCAGCAGACCUUCUCUGAGGGGCUCUACAUUGACUACCGCUACUUCGACAAGCACAGCAUCGAGCCCCGCUUCGAGUUUGGGUUUGGGCUCAGCUACACCACAUUCACCUUGAGCAAUUUGCGAGUCACACCCCGGAAGAACAAAUCGGCGCUGCCUGCCCCUCGCCCGAGUCCUGCGGCGGAACCACCCAGCUAUCCAACCACCAUCCCCUCCAAAGACGAAGCGCUCCUCCCGGCCGGGUUCCGCAAACUCGACAAGUAUAUCUACCCCUAUCUCUCGCCGGAGGAUGAGAUCGAGACGGGAGCGUAUCCGUACCCCGACGGGUACGACACGGUGCAACCGCCGAGCGGCGCCGGCGGCGACGAAGGCGGCAACCCUGAUCUGUGGGCCAUCUACGUCGACGUUGCCGUGGACGUGAAGAACGACGGGCCGGUCGCGGGUGCGGUGGUCCCGCAGCUGUAUCUGGAGUAUCCCGCCAAGGAAGGCGUCGACUUCCCGGUCAGGGUGCUUCGGGGCUUCGACAAGGUGUAUCUCAACCCCGGCGAGAUCAAGACGGUGCACUUCGGCCUCACGAGGCGCGAUCUCAGCUACUGGGACGUCAUGGAGCAGAAUUGGGUCAUGGUCACCGAGGGCCAAUAUACGUUCAGGGUCGGGCAGAGCUCGCGGGAUUUGGUGCUGGAUGGCAAGUGGUGAUUCUAGCCAUUUCUUGGUCUGUCUGUGGUCUCGGGUUACCCUCUAUGCUUCUGCGGUCGGGAGUUGGAGUUGGGCAUCUGCAUCCCCCCAUGUCUUGGGCGUUUGCUUGUUUUUUUGCGUAAGGUUAGACCUUUCUUAGUUUCAAGGAAUCUAAUAUUUUUGUGCCGCCAGUCGCACCGCGUCGGACAGCUGGACAGACGCUACCGACGCUAGGGUGAUCGGGACAGGAGGAAACGGGGAAGAGUUAGAGUCGUUAGUUGACUUGCAUGAUGUGCCCUAGCUAGGGUUAAGAUUGAUCAGGGUUAGUGCGAGGACGUUCAUUAAAGCAUCAUGAUUGAGCACCAUGGAAACAUGGGGGCCAGGCCAC